AUGUAUUGGACAUGGGAGUUAAAAGCAGCAAUAAUAUUUUUAAUAAUACAAACAUGCAAAACAGCAAAACCUGAGAAUACAGGACCAGCAGUUUUUGAGGUCAUCAAUGAACAAGCAAGAACAGACGACAAAAAAGUACUCCCAUAUGAGAACCCACUAGCAGGGAAUUCACGGCAAAAUGCGAAGUUACACGCCCAACACCAACAAGCAAUGUUUAACGCAGAAAGAGUGAGGCAACAUCGAGCUCAACUACUCAGAUGGAACAACCAGCAUCCUAAACAACAGGCAGACAGCUACAUGAAAGCCUAUCAAGAGUCACAAGAAAACCAUCACUUGACUUUGGAAAGGAUGGAAUCCAAUUCGAAAGAAAAAAAAGCCAGAGGAAGAUCAGAGCAAACAAAAACUCUGAAAGACAACGCACAGCUCGAACCUUCCAAAGUCACCAGAUCCGACGCAGUCAACAAAAAUAGAAAUCACAGAUCAUUUGGAUCAAUACACACCAGCCAUCAUAAUAAAUAUAAAAUCCACACUUAUCCUGGACCUACGUAUGACCAAGGAGUUAAUAUCAAAACAAAUGGAAAUUUAGGAUUACACAACUAUGCAAAAGAGCAUACGACUUUAUAUACAGAAGCUAUACCGAGUAAAUCUCAUUACAUUUAUCCAAAACUUUAUAGCCAAGCGUAUGCAUACCAAACCGCAAAUGACAUUAGCAGUUUAAGCUCUCUACUUAGUCAGUCACCACAAGAACAAUUAACUCAGCUGAAUACUUUAAUCAAUUCGCCAAAAGAAACAGAAUCAGACCCACUCAAUACAAACCAUGAUUUAUACUUCUACCUUAAAGAUCCGCAGUUGUCAAACGAAGCAUCAUCAUUGUCGUCUGUGGGAUCUAAUUCUGGAGGGCAUGUUAUUGAAAAAGAUUUCACGCCGAUUACUGAAGAGAUUGAUGAUAUAGAAGAUAAUAGGGACCCUAGAAUAAAAUUUAUUCAACUAGCACCUACACCUACAGCUUUAAGUCAAGAGGGCGACGGUGAAGUUACGACACAAAGUAAUUAUUAUAAAAUAGAAGGCGAACAAUCUGUAAAAAAUGAUGUGUCUGAGAGCACACAAUAUGUUUCUCAAGAUGAACCAAACUACGAAGAGUUAAAACGUGAAACUCUCUUGCAUUUUUACCUAAAUGAGCCAAGUACGAAAGGAGUUAAAUAUCUAAAAUCGCAACCGACCGGUGUACAGCAUUUAACACAUGAUGGAACUGGAGUUUCAGCGUAUGGUGAUGACGAUAUACAUUACGCUGCGAACUACGAAUUUGGUUAUCGGGUCCGCGAUUCUGAAUCCGGUAAUGACUACGGUCACAGGGAAGCAAAAUCUGGCGACAAAACACGAGGGCAGUACCAUGUUCUUCUACCUGAUGGCAGGAUGCAGCAAGUGAAAUAUUCAGCUGGCCCCGAAGGUUUCCACGCAGACAUUUCGUACGACCAUCUACAGGCCUGA